UUUCACACCGACAGGCAGGAUUAUAACUCCAAUUAUUGAACACAUUGUUUAUUUUAUUAUAAAUAUAAUAUGAUUGUGUGCAUGUUGUGUAGAUGUUAGUGUAAACCUGUGUGUUCUGGGGCGGUGAAGACCCCCAGCACCAGCAGGCUGACCCCCCGCUCCGCGGCAGAAUGGUUCGGUCCAGCGGGUGUCCGGUCCUGCUCCUCCUGCAGCCGCUCGUCUCAACAUGAAGCCGAUAAACGGCGGGUUGUGUGGAGGAGCAGGGGAGUGGGGCUGGGAUCUGCUGACCGCUCCGCUGCGCUGAAAUGUGGCUUUUUAUUUUAAAAACCUGAUUUGUGCCGGAACACAGCGAGGCGGGCCUUCGUGAGGAGCCGCAGCCRUUAGCUCGGUUAUGUCGGAGAGAAGCUCCGCCGCCGGAACCGUUUUAUAUUUACUGGAUUCAGCAGGAACUCACUUUAACUCUUUUUAUUAAGUCCGUUUGUUCAGUAGCUGUGUUCGUGUGUGAGCUGGUUUUAUGUAUAACACGGUGUGGACGUCGGAGAAAGCCGGAGAAGAAGGAGGCUGGCGGGACGUGAUGAUGCCCUACUCCACCGAGCUCAUUUUCUACCUGGAAAUGGACCAGCCGCCAGCUCUUCCUCCAAAGUGCGUGGAUCUGCAGCAGUCUUCAUCAGUCCAUGUGGGAGGAGUCAGUGAUGCAGACACCGAGGGGGGCGGAGCAACCAGCACUCUGCAGGAGGCGGAGUGGUACUGGGGCGACAUAUCCAGGGAGGACGUGAACAAGAAGCUCAGAGACACUCCAGACGGCACUUUCCUGGUCCGGGACGCCUCCACCAAGAUGCAGGGCGACUACACGCUCACUCUGAGGAAAGGAGGCAGCAACAAGCUGAUAAAGAUCUACCACCGGGACGGGAAGUACGGCUUCUCUGAGCCGCUGACCUUCUGCUCCGUGGUCCAGCUCAUCGGACACUACCGCCACGAGUCUCUGGCCCAGUACAACUCCAAGCUGGACGUCAAGCUCCUGUACCCCGUGUCCCGCCUGCAGCAGGAGCAGCAGGUGGAGGAGGACAGCAUCCACACUGUGGAGAAGAAGCUGCAGGAGGUCCAGCAUCAGUACCAGCAGAAGAGCCAGGAGUACGACCAGCUGUACGAGGACUACACCAAGACCUCCCAGGGUGGACGGUGAGGUGAAGCACUGCAUCAUCUUCAGCACACCUGGAGGUCUGGGCUUCUCUGAGCCCUACAACCUGUACAGCAGCCUGAAGGACCUGGUGCUCCACUACCGGACCACCUCGCUGCUGCAGCACAACGACUCGCUCAACGUGCGCCUGGCCUUCCCCGUUCACUCGCUCAGAUGAGCCCCGCCCACAGAAGAAAAGGGGUGGAGCUUAACCCCAACAAACCAGACAGACAGUGAAGUGUUGCUGCAUCUAUUUUUACAGAAACUCUUUCAGAGGGCAUUCUUUAUAAAGACUGCUUGAUUUGCACAAGAACCUUUAAAUGWUUGUGAAUGUGGGAAAAAA